CAAUGGAGGAACGAGGCGGAAAAUUUCGAAUGUGGCGACGGUAGUUCUAGGCGACGGGGUACGGUGGUACGGUCCUGGAGGGCUCAUUGCGCGUGGCUCGCGCGGGAGAGCCUCGAAGAGCCCUGAAAUGUGAGAAGGAGGAAGAUAGCUCUUGCAGAAGUAGUGGCCAAGGCAAAAGAUGGCCAAGGAAAGAUGCCUGAAGAAGUCCUUUCAAGAUAGUCUUGAAGACAUAAAGAAGCGAAUGAAAGAGAAAAGGAAUAAAAACUUGGCAGAGAUUGGCAAACGCAGGUCUUUUAUAGCUGCACCAUGCCAAAUAAUCACCAACACUUCUACACUGCUGAAAAAUUACCAAGACAACAACAAAAUGUUAGUUUUAGCUUUGGAAAAUGAAAAAUCCAAAGUGAGAGAAGCCCAAGAUAUCAUCCUACAGCUGAGAAAAGAAUGUUACUAUCUCACAUGGCAGCUAUAUGCAUUGAAAGGAAAACUUACAUCACAACAAACAGAAGAACCUGCUCAGAACCAGGAAAUAUGUUCCUCUGGAAUGGACCCCAAUAGCGAUGACAACUCCAGAAAUUUAUUUGUGAAGGAUUUACCGCAAAUUCCUCUUGAAGAAACUGAACUUCCAGGACAAGGAGAGUCAUUUCAAAUAGAAGAUCAGAUACCUACUAUUCCUCAAGAAACACUGGGAUUUGAUUUUGAUUCAGGUACACCACCUGAAACUCACCAGUCACCUCAUCUUAAACUGAAGGAUAUCACCAAUGUCUCCUUGUAUCCUGUUGUGAAAAUCGGAAGGCUUUCUCUUUCUCCAAAAAAGAAUAAAGAAAGCCCAGCAGUGGCUCUGCCUAAACGUAGGUGCACUGUCAGCGUCAACUAUAAGGAGCCCACCCUCGCUUCGAAACUGAGAAGAGGGGACCCUUUUACAGAUUUGUGCUUUUUGAAUUCUCCUAUUUUCAAGCAGAAAAAGGAUUUGAGACGUUCUAAAAAAAGUAUGAAACAAAUACAAUGAAUGUUUUGUUGGAUAUUGUUUAAAUUCAAUCUACACCUCUUUCUGUUGCUUCAAGAGAAGAUCUGUAAGAGCACACAGAGUGAGCCAUUGCCAUAGAAUAUUCUCUUGACAGGACCCUAGCUCAUAAAUGUUUCUUCAGAACUAUGCUUCAAAUGGGAUGUUUUGUAUUAAAAUGUUAAUAAAUCUAAUUUGUUUUUUCUUUUGAAUAUAAAUAACUGAAUUUAAGCAUUAUCAUCAUACCGAUUUCUUAUGCUGCCUAAACCUCUUAAUGUUGGUCAAAAUGUAUCUUUUUUUGUUGUUGUUGUUUUGGAGACAGAAAUUCAUUCUUGUUGCCCAGGCUGGAGUGCAGUGGCGUGAUCUGAGUUCACUGCAACCUCUGCCUCCCAGGUUCAAGCUAUUCUCCAGCCUCAGACUCCCGACUAGCUGGGACUACAGGCAUGCGCCACCACGCCCAGCUAAUUUUGUAUUUUUAGUAGAGACAGGGUUUCUCCAUGUUGGUCAGGUUGGUCUCGAACUCCCAACCUCAGGUGAUCUGCCCACUUCAGCCUCCCAAAGUGCUGGGAUUACAGGCAUGAGCCACUGCACCCGGCCCAAAAUAUAUCUUAUACAAACAUUUUAGAAAUGAAUAAUGAUUACUCAAAUUAAGAUAUUUUCGUUAUAAGCUUCUGGCAUCUCUAUUUUUCCCUUAAGUGGGGGAUACUAAAGUGAAUGAUUUUCUAAGAGGAUCUUUUGAAACCCUUCAGUACAGUAUUUAAGUAAAAUAAGUUAUUGUGGAUCUUUUGAAACUCUGUGUAGUAUUUGAGUAGAAUACAUUUUUGAUAUUUACAGUAGGGUACACCCUAAGUUGUUUAUGAAUUCCUCAUACCACUGUUGUAUUUAAUUUUUCAGAUAAAAUGUGUAUGGAAAAAUGACUAGAGAAAUUUAUUGUUUUUUAGGCUCAGGGACUAGGUAAGUGACUAGUUCUGAACCCCAAGCUCUAAUUGUAUGUUCAGAGUGAUGCCUCAAUAAAAUUACAAAUGUCAUGUACUUUCAGGAUAGCUCCUUAUUUAGUCAGAAAUCUCAAAGAUUAAAUGUGUGAAUAUUUAGGGUUUUUGCAUAUUUUUGAUCAACCAACGAAAGGGAAUUAGUUCAGUUCAGAAAGUUUGAUGUCUAUACUUGUAUAUACCUCUUUAAAUUUUAAAACUUUGUAGGUUAUUCAUUUUUAAAGAGCAAUAAAGCUUGUAUAAGAUAGUGA